AUGGCUGAAGAUACAUCACAGCCCUCAAGUGGUCCGAAGAAGAGAAAGUCGGAGAACGGAGACAAGCUUCAGGUGAGCAGAAAAGCUCACCUAACGUCGGGAUCGGCCAUGGAAGGUAUUGCAAAGUACUUCUUUUUCAUCAUGGACGAGGUUAGCUCAGACUGGAGAAAGCUGGCCUUUCUGCUUGGAUUUGGGCGAUCAGAACGGGAGAAUAUUAACGAAAGAAAUCGAGAUGACAAACAUCGCUGUAUGGACCUGUUGGAGGAAUGGCACAAUCGCAUAGGAAGGGAAGCCACUGUAGAGGUCCUGAUGGAGGCUCUGUCUGAGGCAAACUUACAGAGAAUUGUGGACAGUCUAAAGAACAAAUAUCCUGAAUUGAGAAGUUCAGCUCCAGUCCUCCCUGUUCGCGCAGAGCUCGGCAUGGUGCCGCAGAAAUCUGAUCAGGGCAGUACAGAACUCACUUACGAAAUAAUGAAUCGGCUCUGGGAAAUGCACCGGGACCUUUUUACUGCAGAGGUGUUGAUGGACGACGAGCGCCGCAGCCAAGCAAAAAAGGUCUUCUUGGAACAGAAAGCUUUCUUGAUAGAACAUAUGCGUGGAUCUGUCAUCUUCCUCCUGACAUUUCUCCGCCAGACUGAUGUGGACAGAUUCUACCACAACCACUACAGGGUGGGGGAGGGCAGCCUGUCUCAGCAACUCUCACACAUCCUCAUCUCGGACGAACUGCAGAGAAAGGUCAAGGGUGCACAGUUGAUCGUGAGACUUCAGGUGAAGCACGAAGACUAUGUGCGAGUUCGAAACAGACUAGGACGAGGACUGGACCGUACCACUUCCAUUGACAACAUUCUGGCCCUGCCAGCUCCCAGUAGACGAGUGGACCACUUCUGCGUAAGAGGUCUUGACCUGGCCAUUGUCCGUGGAGGAAACCAGUCUUGCACAGAAAGCACUGAUGACGUCACAGCAAUGAACUUUACAGCCAGAGAAGUACAAACAGUCCUGCAGACAGGUAGAAAGAAGUCACAGCAACAGAUGGAAGGUCGGCUUCAGGUUACACGGGGAGAGCUACAGACAGAAAGACAGGAAAGUAAAACCCUGAAGAAGGCAGUGACAACGCUGACACAGGAAAUGGAGAAAGCAGAGAAAAUCGUCUUGGAACAGACAACAAUGCGAGAAGAGAUGCAGAAAGCCAAGGACGAGGCAGAGGUCAUGUGUAGCAGUCUGCAAAAGACGAUUAGCACCCUAGAAGAAAAGGACAAGAUGUCUCAGAGAACCCUCCAAAAACAGAAUCAAGAAAUCAAGCAGAUGCUGGAGACCAAAAAGAGCAGCGAUGUUGAAAUUGGCGAACUGACAGCUGAGAACACAAAACUUAUCAGUCAGCUGACAGAUAUUCCCAGACUUCGUGAAGAGAUACAAGGACUAAGAGAGAAGGAUGAGACGUCACAGAAAUUUCUGUCAGAACAGAGGAUGGAAAUCCGUCGGCUACAAGAGACCAUCAGGAACAAGGAAGAGAUAAUCAAUAGAAUGGAAGAACAGAUAAACACUGCCAGACAACAGACAGAAGCCAUGGUGCAAAGUCUAAGAAAGGGCAUAACCAGACUGGAAGAGGAGAAGAAGGGAGCUCAGAAAAUCCUCCAGACAAAUGAAUCAGAAAUCCAGCAGCUGCAGGAGGUUAACAAGAGCAUGGCUGCUCAAAUAGAGGAACUGCUGUCUGCCAAACAACCAGUGGAGGGUAAAGGUGAGGAAGGUGACUGUGAGAAGAAGGAAGGCCCAGAGAAGGGGGAAACAAAGACUGGACUAGAGCUCGAGGGCCAAGCAAUUCGCAACGUAAACCAGGCAGGUGCGUAG